UGAGAUGGCUUUUCUCUCUCAGGUUGCUGAAAAUCCUGGUAUGUAUUGGCGCGGUUAUGCAGUCGUCGGUUGCCUAGUAUUGAUUGUUCUGCUUUGCUUGUUGCUAUUCUACAAAUUCAGAAAUAAUUUGCAAGUUGCUUUGAUGCUGAUAGGAAUAAUAAUUGUACUAUGGUCUACCAAUAUCUUGUUCAUAUGUUGCGACUUUAAACAAGGCAACUGGUAUAUUCUCUUGGUCUUCAUUAUUCUGGAAGACUUGUUAACAAUCAUCUUCUGUAUCUUUAUCAAAAGACUGAAACUAGUAGUGAUGAUAAUCACAAUGAUCUUGUCGGCAGUGUAUGUGAUAACCGGCGUAGUCCUACUUCUCACAGGGAAGGGUAGAUACGUUUUGACUGUAUUUGCCGGUGGCCUUUGGAACACUGCUCUGGCUCUGGUUGCUCUGGUUUUCGCCAGCUGCCUCAAAUAACUCUGAAAUCACAUGGUUCAUUUGCAUCGUCUCGCGCAAUUUUCGGUGUAAUACACGCUUUGGUACAACAGCAUUCAUUCAAUUUUGUAUAAACGAAUGACAGUUCACA